AUGAGAUUUCUGGUGCCCUGUCUGCCUGAUCCUAAUGAAGAUGGCGGGAGAACGAAGAGGAUUGACAAGGAUAUUAAAAAUUGGAUUAAACCUUACAAUGAUGCAAUAAAACUACUGCUUUUGGGUACAGGCGAAAGUGGAAAGACAACUAUAAUAAAGCAAAUGAAAAUAUUGCAUAUACAAGGAUUUUCAGUGAGUGACCGGGAAGAGAAGGUAAAACAUAUAAAACACAACAUACACGAGUCAAUAUAUGACAUAGUACGCAACAUGAGCGCACUCAGCAUUGGAUUGCAGAAUAUAAAAAAUGUUCAAGCCCAGCAGUACAUAUUGAAAUGUGGGUCGGACGGACCCCCGGAUUUUACGGAGGAAUACUAUGACUACGUGAGAGCUUUAUGGAAGGAUGGAGGUGUGAGGGAGUGUUUCAACAGGUCCAAUGAGUACCAGCUUAUUGACAGCGCACAAUAUUUUCUGGAUAGAAUAGAUCUCAUAGAAAAAGCAGACUAUGUACCAUCAGAUGCAGAUAUAUUAAGGUGUCGACAGAAGACUACUGGAAUACAGAAAAUCGAGUUUAAAGUUAAGGUACCUAAAACGAUGCAGGGGGGCGUCCAAGACUUCUGGAUGUUCGACGUCGGUGGGCAGAGGGGGGAGAGGAAGAAAUGGAUACAGGUUUUCGAGGGAAUCCACGCCAUUUGGUUCCUGGUGGCUUGCAGCGACUUCGACCAGACCUUGAGAGAAGAUGAGACACAGAACAGGCUGAAGGAAGCACUGGUGUUAUUCGAAGAUGUCUGGUUAAGUAGGUUUCUGCUGCGGGCCGGUCUGAUAGUGUUCCUUAACAAGCAGGACCUGCUGCAGAACAAGAUCUCUCAGGGUCGCUCCAUCGGCGAUUACUUCCCUGAUUACCAACAGUACUCGGCACAAGGCGAUGAGUACAAUCGCACCAAGUUAUUCAUCAGGAGUAUGUUUGCUGAUAUAACAAAGAAGAAGCGUGAAAGGAAACCAAUGGCAGCGUCGACCGAAAGUUUCGUUAUCCAAGAAGUGAACCGACCGAGGGAGUGUUACUUCCAUUUCACAACCGCCACGGACACCGACAACGUCCGUACGGUGUUCAAAGAUGUGCAUCAGAUGAUUUUAGCAGAGAUAUUAUCAAAUAUUGGUGUUUACUGA